AAUAAAUAUUUAUACAUUAAGAACAAAGUUAAUCUAGUUUUUAACACAAACUUAUCAUUUAUAUUAUUUAUAAAUUAAUAAAAUUAUGUCAAUCGUAACGAAAUAUGCAGUUAGAAAAUAUAUAUGACAUUCUUAUUUAUAACCUGUUCGGUUUUGCAAAAUACGUGAAAGAUUUAUUCUUCGUUUAUGUACAAUUCAAGCUAACACUUUACCUCUAGAUAUAUUCCGAGAUGCAUGCUAGGGAAAUGCUAGGAGCGUAUUUCGUUCAUGGAAACCCAUCAAAAUUAUAACCUAACAAAAUGUGUACAGUGUUUGUUUGAACCUCUUGUCAUUGAGUUUGAAUAAUUUAAUUAAAUGUGUUUGUAUGUUAAACACGUACACAUAUAUUAAUGGCAGGGAAUGAUAUAAAGCAAAACUUACGAAAACUAGAUUUUCCUUAUUGCGCUAGAGAAGCUUUAUGUAGAAUCGAGAUACUAUGUGGCAGACCAGGGAAACAGAUGGAUUUGCAACUAGAUUUAAUAUCGGAAUUCGUAUUUGGCGAAAUAGAAAGGCGAAAGAAACGCAACAUGACAUUAGCAAUACAAGAAUUGCAGCUGAUAGAGGUCCUAAGCGACUUCUUUCAAAGUCCUGGAGGAAGUCCUGCUGUACGCAACGCGGUCUUUUUGUCUCUUUUCCCGGCAGAUAGUCCUAGAUACAAAAUUUUAGGCAAUUUAGUAUCUUUAGCUAUUGUCACUCAAAAUAAGGCAGUUUUGAAUGCGACUGGAAUUUGGAUGCAACAGUUAGGCUCUACUUCUCCACAGAGUGUAGGAUUAGCAAGGCAUGUACUUAAUGACUAUUUUGUCCUUACUCCGAAAUCUAUUGACAAGUUGAAGCAGCUUCCUGUUCUUGCAUCACAUUUCACUGCCAACUUACUAACGGCAAUAGGUGAAGUUUAUGAGGACAAAGAUCCACCUACGGAAUUACUCAGGUUAAUAGGAGAAUGGAUAGAGGAAAACCCAAGUCUCCUGUUAACCCCUUUAAUGGAUAAUCCUGCUUUACCAACUGGUGGCAUUCCAAUGACACCAAUAACACCCAUAGCAGGUUUAUUCAGAUGGUGUAUUUUAUCUCCUGUGCGUGUAAACAGCACAGAAAAUGCAGAGCAUUCUGAAGAACAAAGAAAGCUGUACUCUAAAAUUCAACAGCUAUUAAUGGACUCAGUAUUAAGAUUAAAGAACAGUGGAAAUAACAAACAUGCUAUAUCCGCACAGCAUUUUGCAGCCACUACUCGUACUUUAACUACAAGUUUACAGUCUAAUGUAAAUAUUAGUUCGACUUUACAUGACUUAGCGAUGGAACGACUUGCGCAAGCUGUUAGUGCAGCGAUGUCUGCAAAUUGUAUUUACGGCAAUAAACAAGAGUUAUUAGCAUUAUUACAACCCUUAUCAUAUCAACAUUUUUUAAUCGAAUGGACAUUACAAACCUAUGCAUCCAAAGCUGCUUGAUUACAUUAUAUUAAGUUACUAUUGUAUGUUACUCUUGAACUGUACAUAAAUUGAAGUAUAACGGUAUACGCGACUGAAUCAUAGUUGUAAAUGUAAACAAAAUUUUUAAGAUCUAAUAAAUAUCUAUUCUAUGUUA